ACACGACGACCACUGUGCUCAUCAUGAAGGCCACCGUGUCAGACCCGACGACCAUCGUGCCAGACACGAUAACCAUCGUCGACGAUCGUGUCGGACAAGAAGACGGCCGUGCUCGAUACAAUGGCAGUCGUGUUCGACAGGACGUCGGUCAUGACGACGGCUGUGCACGACAAUGAGCCGGACACGAUGACGAGCGUGUUCGACACGACGACGGCCGUGUUCGACACGAUGGCGAUCGUGUUCGACGCGACGACGAUCGUGUUCGACACGACAAAAAUCGUGCUCGACACGCUGACCAUCAUGUUCGACACGACGAUGACAGUGUCGGACACGGCGACGAUCGUGUUUGACACGACGCCCAGCGUGUUCAACACGACGACCAUCGUGUUUGACACAACGACCAGCAUGUCGGACACGACAACGAUCGUGUUCAACACGACAACCAUCGUGUUUGACACGACGACCAGCGUGUCGGACACGACAACGAUCGUGUUCAACACGAUGACCAUCGUGUACGACGAUCGUGUUUGACACGACGAACAACGUGUGCGACACGACAACGACCGUGUUCAACACGACGACCAUCGUGUUUGACACGACGACCAGUGUGUGGAACACGACAAUGAUCGUGUUCAACACGACGACCAUCGUGUUCGACACGACGACGACCGUGUCGACCAUCGUGUUCGACACGACGACGACUGCGGUGAAAGUAUUCGAGAAAACUUUUUGACGUCACCGAUAAACCAGCACUGGACAC